CCAACAACACAAACAUUUUAAUUUGAAUCUACCCAGUUUUGUAUAAUGAAAAGAAAUACAUCAUUUUAAUUCAACCCAAGUGUUUUCCAACCAGAUUGUAUUUGCUUAAAUUGCUACAGUAAUUCAAGGGACAACCCUGUCUGGGUACAGUUACUGUGGAUCUUUUAAGAGACUCAGUUAAAGAGUUAGGAAUUUCUGAUUCAUUUAAAGGAUUUGCAAAUUCAUCAACUCCUGAAAACUAAAGCAAAUUCAACAGGACAAAAAAAGAACAUGAGCUUUUUAAGUACAGUAUCUGUCCUUUUCUUCCUCUUUGAAGUGAAGGUAGAUUGCCAAUAUGAAAUUUAUCAGUGGGAUGAAGAUUAUGACCCAUCACCAAAUGAAGAUUAUGAACCAGAAUUCCAAUUUCAUCCAAAUGUAGAAUAUGGAAUUCCUUAUCAACAUAUUUUAGGCUGUGCCAGUGAAUGCUUCUGUCCAAUUAAUUUUCCAUCAUCAAUGUAUUGUGAUAAUCGCAAACUCAAGACGAUCCCAAAUAUUCCAAUGCACAUUCAGCAACUCAACCUUCAGUUCAAUGAAAUUGAGGCUGUAACAGCAAGUUCAUUCACCAAUGCAACUAAUCUUAGAGAAAUUAACCUCAGUCACAACAAAAUUAAAUCUCAAAGUAUUGAGUAUGGUGUGUUUUCUAAGUUUUCAAAUCUCCUACAACUUCACCUUGAGCAUAACAAUUUAGAAGAAUUUCCAUAUCCUCUUCCUAAAUCUCUGGAAAGACUCCUUCUUGGUUACAAUAAAAUUUCCACACUGCAGACAAAUGCCAUGGAUACACUAGUAAACUUGACCAUGCUUGAUCUCUGUUAUAAUCAUCUUCAUGAUUCUAUGUUAAAAGAAAAACACCUUGCCAAGAUGGAAAAAUUGAUGCAGCUCAACCUAUGCAAUAACAGACUGGAAUCAAUGCCACCUGGACUGCCUUCUUCACUUAUGUAUCUAUCUUUAGAAAAUAAUUCUAUUUCUUCUAUACCAGAGAAUUACUUUGACAAACUUCCAAAACUUCAUGCUCUAAGAAUGUCACACAACAAACUGCAAGAUAUUCCAUACAAUAUUUUUAAUCUUUCCAACCUUAUAGAGCUCAAUGUUGGACACAACAAAUUGAAGGAAGCAUUCUACAUCCCAAGAAAUUUGGAACAUCUAUACCUAGAAAAUAAUGAAAUAGAAAAUGUCAAUGUGACAAUGAUGUGUCCCUCUGUUGAUCCACUACAGCAGCAUCAUUUAACAUAUCUUCGUGUGGACCAAAAUAAGCUAAAAGAGCCAAUUAGUUCAUAUAUUUUCUUCUGCUUCCCUCAUAUACACAGCAUUUAUUAUGGUGAACAAAGAAGCACUAAUGGUCAAACAAUACAAUUAAAGACGCAAGUUUUUGGGAGAUUUCAAGAUGAUGAUGAGGAGGAGGAGGAUAUUGAUAAUUAUGACAGUACUCACAUGACUCCAGAACAAGAAGGGUCAGAAGAACACGUGGACCCUAAUUACUAUGAAGUUCAAGAAUGGCUAGAAAUUAUCUAGGUAUACAUUUGUGAUUCUAUAAAGCCACAUUACACAAUAUAAAUCUAAAUAUACAUCACUCAAAGUAAUAUAUUUAGAAUUAUGUAUUAGUAUUGCAUUUGAGUUGCUGGAGGCAAUUACAUCAUUACAUUAGAACUUAAAAUGAUAUAAAUGUUUAGAAAUAUAAAUUAGAAUAAAUGGAAACAAAACUCCUACAUUUUAAUGGCUUGUUUUUAAACCUAGAAAUUUCAUCAUCCUGGGGAGAAAAGUGUCAUUUCUAGUAAGAGUAAUGUUUCUAAGAAUGAUGAAAAAGUGAAAUUGGCAGUGAAGACCUGAAAGCAAUGUUGUUUCAAUUGCUAUGACGAUAAUACAUGACAGGUGGGCACACUAGCACAAGGACAGCCACUCAUUUAAAGAAAAGACUAUUUUCUUUAACUGUCUCCAUAAAAGCUUUCACCUUUGUAUUUGUGAUUAUCUCACUGUGACACCAUCCCACUUCUUCACUUAGAGCACAGAAGGAUAACUUUGAUUUUCAAGAGACCACUACACUAUGAAGUAGAGCAAGCAGACUGGUGAAAACCAAGUGUUCUCAUUCUUCUCAGAGCACCAAAACAGGAACUCUGAAUUUGGGUAACUAAAAAUCACCAAACUAUUGUAGUAUGGUCUGUAUUUUAGCAAAUUUCAGCAACUCCUCAAAAUAAAUCUUUAUUGUGUUUCAUUUUAACUGGGAUAAAUGUUUUUAUAGUAAAUUAGAGAAAGCCCUCUGUUUUGGUGACAAAAAACUUUGCUAAUAACUGC